AUGUCCGACUCUCAGGAACUCCGUCAAGAUCAGGUUGCUCCUCCCAAGGAGCAGCAGCACCCAGUGAGAUGGCACCGCUCGACCUUUUACAACAUGACCAUCCUGGGUCUCUGCAACUUCGCCGCGCCCGGCAUCUGGGGAGCCAUGAACUCCCUGGGUGCAGGCGGCGCUGCGUCUCCUAAGCUCGUUAACGCCGCCAAUGCGCUGACGUUCUGUCUCAUGGUUGUCUCGUGCUAUUUCUCGAGCGUGAUUGUCCACUACAUUGGUAUCAAGGGUGCUCUCAUCUUCGGAACCGUUGGCUAUGCGCCGUUUGCUGCCGGCCUCUACACCAACAACCGUUACGGCACUGAGUGGCUCAUGCUUGUCGGCGCUGCUGUCUGCGGUAUCUCGGCUGGUGUCUUCUGGAUGGCGGAGGCUGCGAUCGCCAUUGCCUACCCUGAGCCGUGGAACCGAGGCAAGGCCCUCGGCUACUGGCUGACCUACCGUCUCGGCGGACAAAUCCUUGGUGGUGCGAUCAACCUGGGUCUCAAUGCUGACCGAGACCAAGCCGGCAGUGUCUCGUACACCGUUUUCAUCAUCUUCAUUGCCAUCCAGGCGGCUGGUCCAUUUGUCGGCUUCUUCCUGAACAAGCCAAGCAAGGUCGAGCGCAGGGAUGGCAAGAAGGUGAACUUGUCCAUCGUCGAGAACCCGUGGUACGAGAUCAAGGCUACGACAAAGAAUUUCAUGAAGCCUAAGUUUCUUCUCCUCCUCCUAUGGAUUGGACAGGCUGUCUUCGCCGAGGCCGUGUACUUCACAUAUAUCGCUCUGUGGUUCUCUGUUCGUGCGCGCGCGCUGGGCUCUUUCCUGUCUGGUAUCGUGGCCGUUAUCUCCGGCAACCUUCUGGGUCACUGGCUCGACCGCACCAAGAUCCCUCUCAAGACGCGCUCCCGCGGCGCAUUCUGGUUCAUUGUCAUUACUCAAGGUGCCUGGUGGACGUGGGCUACGGUCAUGGCCACCAGAUUUCGCGAAAGUCGUCCUACCUACGAUUGGAGCAGCCCCGGCUUUGGCGCUGCCUUUGGCGUCUACAUCUUCCUGACGAUUGGAUUUCAAAUCAACUACCUGUUCCUCUUGUGGGCUCUUGCUAUCGGUCCAGCCUGGCUUGUUCUCAAGCACUUUGGUAACGGAGCCGAAAAGGGGAUCCACCAUGAGGCACAGAUCACUCAGGCAGGCGACGGCGCGGUGUCGAGCGAGACGCAGAGCGAGGACGGCGAGGGCAAGAAAACUUUCCUGCAGGGUUGUCAAGGGGACUGGGGGUCGGAACCUGAAAGUUGGAGCUGGAGAAUCGUCGGCGAACCUGCUUCGCCUCCAUGUUAG